GAAACGUCCUGAAUAAUAAAUUGAAUGAAUGGAUGCAUCAAAGAAAGUCUGGUAGCAAAUAAAUAACCCUUCCCCUCUUCCCCUCUUCCCCUCCCACUACAAAUACAUACACAUUCAAUAACUAAAACAGAGCAAAGAGGGUUUGGGUAUUGGAUCUCUUAGGGUACUCUACAAAUUACAAUACUAAUUUAUUAUUAUUCAGAGGGAAAAACAGAAAUCUGCAUCGCAUCGAAUGGGAAUGAUGGAAGAGGAGAGUAGCAACAGCAACAUAGAAGGUGGAGCUUCGCUGCCAUCGUCAGGUUCAGACGCCAAGAAGCGAAGAGUUACGUACUUUUACGAACCAACUAUCGGCGAUUACUACUACGGCCAGGGCCACCCAAUGAAGCCGCACCGCAUCCGCAUGGCGCACAACCUUAUCGUCCACUACUCCCUCCACCGCCGCAUGGAGAUUAACCGCCCUUUCCCAGCAUCACCCAACGACAUUCGCCGCUUUCACUCAGAUGACUACGUCCACUUCCUCUCUUCCGUCUCUCCCGAGACCCUCGCCGACACCACCUUCUCGCGUCAACUCAAGCGCUUCAACGUCGGCGAGGACUGCCCUGUCUUCGAUGGCCUCUUCGACUUCUGUCAGGCUUCCGCUGGCGGCUCCAUCGGCGCCGCCGUCAAACUCAACCGCGGCGACGCCGACAUCGCCAUCAAUUGGGCCGGCGGUCUCCACCACGCUAAGAAAUCCGAAGCCUCUGGAUUCUGUUACGUCAACGACAUUGUUCUCGGUAUCCUCGAGCUUCUUAAAGUUCACAGGCGAGUUCUGUAUGUUGACAUUGAUGUUCACCAUGGUGAUGGGGUCGAGGAGGCCUUUUACACCACUGAUAGAGUGAUGACAGUCUCUUUUCACAAGUUUGGUGACUUUUUCCCUGGCACAGGGCAUAUCAAAGACAUUGGGGUGGGCUCGGGAAAGAACUAUGCUGUCAAUGUCCCAUUAAACGACGGAAUGGAUGAUGAGAAUUUUCGUGGUCUGUUUCGAACUGUCAUUCAUAAAGUCAUGGAGGUUUAUCAACCUGAGGCAGUUGUUCUUCAAUGUGGAGCUGAUUCAUUGUCUGGUGACAGGUUGGGUUGCUUCAACUUGUCUGUCAAAGGUCACGCAGAUUGCCUUCGAUUCCUUAGAUCUUUCAAUGUUCCUUUAAUGGUUUUGGGUGGUGGUGGAUAUACAAUUCGGAAUGUUGCCCGCUGUUGGUGUUAUGAGACAGCAGUGGCAGUAGGAGUGGAGCCUGACAAUAAGUUGCCUUAUAAUGAAUAUUAUGAAUAUUUUGGUCCAGAUUAUACUCUCUAUGUCGAUCCAAGCAACAUGGAGAACCUAAACACACCCAAGGAUAUGGAAAAAAUAAGGAUCACACUGCUAGAACAGAUUUCCCGACUUCCCCAUGCUCCCAGUGUACCUUUUCAGACAACACCACCUACCUUAGAAAUUCCAGAAGAGGCGGAAGAAGACAUGGAUAGAAGACCAAAACUUCGCAAAUGGGAUGGUGAAGAUUAUGAUUCUGACCCUGAUGAAGGUGAAAAAGCUAAUUCCAAGUUCUCAAGUGUCACUGCCCAUAUGAGGGAUAUUGCAGAUGACAUGGAAGAAGAGAAGCCAGGAGUGCAUUCAUCGUCUUGUUGUUGAUAGAACAGAGCAAGUUCUUGCACAGCAUAUUUUAUUGUAAUCUUUAUGGGGGAGAUCACAUGACUAAAUAGUACACAAACAACUCGUGAAAAUGCAAAUAUAAUCAACACAUUGUGCAAAUGUAACAUAGUGUAAAACAUUGUGUUGGUCUCCAACUUAAACUAUUUUUUGUUCAUUCACGUCAUUUCUUUUAUUUUGGCA